GUAAAUUUUGACAUUGUAAUGAUACUUAAUUUCACCAGAUAAACCUUCGUCGUGGUUUAUUUUUGCAACUUUCUUUUAAAUCUUAUAUCUGGUGAAAGUGGUGGAAGCUUUUCAGGCUGUAUUCACAGCCACAGAUUUUUCCAAGAUGAAAGUACCUUGUCUGCAUGUAUGAUUUGCCUUAGACUUGUAUUGAGACUUCCUUUGUUUGCAGCACCCAGACAGAAACGCAUGAAACACGAGAGAACAUGUUUUAUUAUUAAUCAGGAGCGGAAAGCUAGACAUAAGUCCCCAUCAUACAACUGCGACGACUUCAUUACAAUAUCCUGCUCAUUCGUGUAACGCUAUUAUUAGGGUCUGAGCUGAAUGAAAGUCAUAUUGUUUUGAAGAAUUAUUAUUAUUAUUUCGCCUCUACAAUCGCACUUUUGAGGCCUUUAUCAUAUUCAAAAACUCUUGAAUGUUGGCGUGUGCAUCAGAAGUGGGUAACAUUUAGAUAUUCUUGGGGUCGCGCAUUUGGGGAUUAAUAAAUGUCUCUCUAGCGCCCCCUGGAAGUUUUUAUUUUUUUCUUUACAGCCAUUUGAUAUAAACCUUGGAAAUUUGAACACUUUAACCCACCUGCAAUUCAAACAAUGAUAGAUAUUAUUUUCUAAUAUUUGCUUUUUUAAGAACACAUUCAUAAGCACUAGUAGAGAAAAUAGAGAUCGAUUUGUUGCGUGUUGUUAUUUUGUCCACUAAGUCUCGUGUGAGUCCGGAUAUCUGACACAUCUCGGCCGUAAUGGCAGUACAAAGUGUCGAGUUACCGACCUGCUGCUACAGCAAUGUUGCUGAGCAACACCCAGUGACAGUGGCGACAUGGUGAGGUCAGGAUAGACGAGAGACUCGGACCUGCUUCUGGAGAGCAGCCCGCUUUGCACCUUCAGGACCCUGGACAACGACCGCUCCCGGCAGGCAGCCCCCCUGUCGGGUUUACAGGCGUUUGUUUGUUUUGAGACACCGGUCCGCUUCACGGGGAAAUGGAUGGAUGCUUCACGAACCCUUAGGAAGUUAAGUCUGUAACCCUGAAAGACUCCAUUUAGGGGGAUGUUUAAGAAGAUUAAUAAUGCGUUCCGUCCCAACCACCACGGACUCAGGGGGCAGGGUGGCGGAGGUGGGAUUCGGUCCGAGCAGGACUACCACAGCGCCUGCACCGUCAGACUGGUCCGCAGCACUUCCAUGCUCGUGGUGGGUGAGAAAACUCGCACAGCCGGCGGCUCCACUUUAAAACGGAGCAAGAGCACAGUGAGCAUUGAGUCGACCUUGUACUAUUAUCAGAGACAAGAGGACAGGAUAUGGCUCUACUCUCAGAAUCAGAACUGCCUGGAGUACCUUGAAGCACUCGUGACUUUGAGACGACAAUACACACAGAGUGUGAGUGACUUGAAAAGUAACCACUCCAAGACCACGGUGUCCUCUAAGAAGAGGGCUGCACCCCCUCCGCCUACAAAGGAACAGCCGAUAUCGGGGGCCAAACCCUCCGCGCCCCCCGUCCCCAGCGAGGAGGCCACGUUGCAGUUCUUCGAUGCAGUGAUCGCGGGCUGCGACAGCGAACCUCUGCGCAAACCGUAUCUGGAUGAUGGACACGCUGAUGUGGACUUCAUAGUGGCCUCCAGCUCGGCCGAGCACGACCUCCACUCCAACUGGGUGCUGCGGGUCCCUCUGGUCGCAGAUGGCUCCGGGCAGAAAACGGUUCGCGAGCGUACCAGUGAACGCGCCCCCAAGAAGAAAAACCAGAGCGGGUCCACGAGCAGCCGCCUGCGUCUGCAGAGGAACCCGAUCCAUCUGCCCAAAGUGGUGGAGAGUGCCUUCCAGACGCUGCGCUUCAAGCCCAAAUUAAAAAAGCUAUGAAGAUUGAUAGGACAUUUGAAAGCACCGGCACCGCCACUCUGUUGAGUCCCUCCCAGAUCUGCUAAAACUCUGUGCAGACAAUCUGCACUAUUAAAUAUUCAGGAGGAAUUUUAAUAAAGAAAUUGCACAAGAGACAAACAAAAAAAAUCUGUCCAGGUGAUCAAGUUAAUUCCUGGUGUUUCAGAGUAAACAUGUAGUAGCAUGUAGAAGUCAUUCUCAUGGAUGAAUAACCUACCCAGUAUGACAAGGCAAUGAAUUUCUGCUUUGGCAAAAAGGCCUUUCUAGUUUAAUUUAUUUCAGAUCAAUCCUUGAUCAAUAUAACCUUCAAUAUGAUUAUAAAUACAUUCACCUUAAAUAAGAGAACAUAAAAUUGAUGCUUUUUACAGCAUGGUCUAAUAAGAAUUCCAUUUAAUGUCUCAAGAUUACCAGAAUCUUAAUAAAUUUAACAAAAUUGAAUAGCGGGAUAGAAUUUGGGUUUUGCAGUUUAUGGAUCAGACCCGACUGCUGUGAUUUGUGCAUUAUUGAAGAAAGCUGCUAAUUGCAACCAUGUCCUUCAUGACUAUAAGACUGGCCACAAGGUGAAUCUCUGAUUCAGUUUAGCAAGGUGAGUUCCCCUGAGUUAAAUUUGGGUUAUCUACAGUAGUAGAAGUAUUCAGAGUAGAAAAUACCAUAGUCUAACACAGUGUUUCUCAACUGGUGGGUCGCUGACCCGUUUUUAGUGGGUCGCGGGCCGUAGCAUGGAAAAAAAAUUAAAAAUGCAGCGGAGUGUCGGUUUUGCCGGGUCGUCCGUCCAUGUUUUCAGUUGGCACCGCAAAGACAACCGC